AUGUCCAGCAAGUGCUCUGUUGUGUUGUUGAGUGUCCUUUUCCUGGUACGCGCGCUCUGGGCUCAUGAGUGCACGCCGUGUAAUCUCCGGACUUGUCCCGUCAAAGCGCCGCACGGUUGCGACAGUGGCCGGACAUUGGCCAGGGAUCCGUGCGGAUGCUGUGACCAGUGUACCCGUCUGGAGUGGGAGCCCUGCGGCGGCAAGGACUGGGCGCACGGCUACUGCGCGCUUGGUCUGACUUGCGCAUCGGUCAACCAAACAGGAGCUUCCAUUAUCCCUGAAAUUGGAGUAUGUAAAGUGCUGCCUGAUCAUCCAGAAGCUGGCCUGGAGGAUGAGCGAUGUCCCCUGAUGACAGGCUGUGACAAAGCAGGAGGUCAGUGUGUGUGCGAUGCCAGACACUCCUGCUUGGGCUCAUUCACCUACCCAGACCAAGAAACCUGCAUGAAGGCCAGCAAUUCAGAGGGUCGGCGGCAUGAGCACCGGGAAAGACACAGAGAAAAGUAUGUGGGGCCAUCCAACCCAGCCUGCAUGUUCUCUGGGUGUAACCUGACCACUGAGGGCUGUGUGUGUGAGUCUCAGAGCUGCCACCACCACUUCGCCUACAUCAACCGCAGCCAAUGCCAGGAAGCCGCAGAGGAGCUGAGGUGUGCCGGGGUGACAUGUCCAGAACUGCAGGUGCCCUCCUGCCCUAAGGGCUCAGUUCUGACCAAGAGUUACACCCCCCCUGCUGGUUGCUGCCCCUCCCUACCGCCGCAGUGCACUUGCGACCUCAGCGCCUGCCACAAGCCCCAGUGCCCCAGCGGACAGCGUGCCGUGCCACUCAGCCAAGCCAGCGGACAGCCAGGAGACUGCUGUGAUGUCUUUGAAUGCCAGAAAGUCUCUCCCAAGUGUGUCCACAAUGGGAAGGAGUUCUCAGAGGGGGAAGUGUACCGCAUGGACCCCUGCUGGCUGUGUCAGUGUCGGGGAGGAAUCUCCUUCUGCUCCAAGGCAGAGUGCGCUGAGCUGGACUGUGAAAACUUCUACAUUCCUGAGGGCGAGUGUUGCCCUGUCUGCAUAGACGUGGAGUUACUGUCGAUGGACAGCACUAAGGCCAGUUGCUGGGUGAAUAAUAAGCUGCGAGCCCAUGAGGAGCAGUGGAAAGAGGAUGACUGCACCUUCUGCCAGUGUGUGGAUGGGGAACCACACUGCACAGCCAUGGCCUGCAAACAGAGCUGCCAGAACCCUGUUAAGAUCCCAGGAGAAUGCUGUCCGUUCUGUGAAGAGCCUUCUUAUGAAACAGUUAGCCCCAUGCUGUGUCCUCCCCUGGAAAACUGCUCCCUGUCAGGGAAUGACUGCCCGUAUGGCUUCCAUCAAGACAAAAAUGGAUGUCUGCUCUGCCAGUGUCUCAACAAUGACUCCUGUCCUGACCUGGGAAAAUAUUGUUCCCUGCAAUGCCCAAUGGGAUACGAGAGGGAUGAUUUUGGCUGUGAGGUGUGCGAGUGCAGCAUCCCCAUGCCCAAGUGCCGACCUUUGACCUGCACUAAGACAUGCCCCUAUGGAUAUGUGAGGAACAAGCAUGGCUGUGAGAUGUGCCGCUGUGUCAAGUGUCCCCCCUUCACCUGCGACAAACACUGCAGUGACGGCUACCGACAGAACAGGAAAGGAUGCUCCAUCUGCAUGUGUAAAGAAAGUGGUCAUGUCCCAAGCACCACUGUCCCGGCCCCGAUGCCUAGCUAUUGCCUUACCUCCAACGGGCACCGAUACGAGGAAGGUGACAGCUGGCAUGAUGGCUGUCGUGACUGCUACUGCCACUCUGGACGAGAGAUGUGUGUGCUCAUAUCCUGUCCUGUACCCAGCUGCCCACAUCCAGUUGUGAAGCCUGACCAGUGUUGUCCUACGUGUGAGGAUGAGUCAGGUAGUGGUCAACCAGAGGGGAUGGACAUGGUGGUGUGCAGAGCCCCUGGGGGAGAAUUUUAUGUGGAGGGCGAAACCUGGAACCUGGACGAGUGCACACGCUGCACCUGCAGGAAGGGACGUGUCCUGUGCGACACUGAAGUUUGUCCACCGGCUCUCUGCCAGACACCUAUCAAGAACAAGGACACCUGUUGCCAUGUUUGCCCAGAGGAGACGCUGAGCCCCUUGCUGCCAGUGAACAACAGCCUGCAGGAGUACUGCAUAACCAGUGAUGGAGACGUGCUGCUGGCUGGAGACUCCUGGAAGGCCAAUGCGUGCACCAGCUGCACCUGCAACAACGGCACUAUUCAGUGUUUCUCACAGCGCUGUCCGGCUGCCAACUGCAGGGUGCCCGUCUUACGCAAGGGCCAGUGCUGCCCGCACUGUCUCGAAAUGACGACGUCGGUGCCAGUGACGGUGUCUACCAACGCCCCAAAGACAACGGCCACUACCACAGUGGAGAGUGCAAUGUGGAUCACCACUGUCACUGUACCACCUAUCAUUGCUGAAACAGACGAGCCAGGUUUGGGUGAGAACUACCCCAGCCAAACAGAGAUGGCCCUCAUCUACCAGUCAGCUGCCUGGAUCCUGGCAGGCCUCCUCCUGGCUAUCAUCAUCUUCCUCAUCGUGGCAUUACUCAUCAACAAGAAAAAGAAAUGGGUGCAGAUGUCCUGCUACAGCGCACCAAAGAAGACGGUGAUUAUGAAGAAACAUGUAAACAAGAACUCAGUGGUCUAUAUGGAGCCCUCCAAGGAGAACAAAUUUCAGAAUGUGAAGAACGACUGUGGGAUCAUCCACUUCUCUCCAGAAAUGAGCUCCCCCUGUGGGGACAAGAUGACCAUCCCCAGGGCCAAGUUGAGCAUGGGCAACGACUGGACGCCACGCUAAUAACACCCCUCAAACUCAGCCGAUCAGAGCUGUCCGACACCUCCCACUCUCUCUUACUGCUGUAUCCAUGGUGACUCGUGUAUCAUUACACACACCUUGGGCGCUGCCUCGUUCCCACCCUUCACUCUGUAUGACAGUAUAACUGAGGAUGCUCAACAAGAGACAAAACAAGCGACCUCUGUUCCUUUUAUUAUGUGUCCAUAUUCUUUUGUGUCUGGACCUUUACCAUGGCCACUGGGUGGAGUGAGAUGCUGGGAGGUGGAUGGACAGGUGGACAGAAAAAAAAUGGACAUAGCCACGCUCUGCAUUACCGCAGAGAUGGAGUCAGCCUCAUUGGCUCCUCUGUCAGAAUCAGACUUUUGACUGUGAACAUUGUAAUAUCAUUGCAUAUUAUUGCCUCCUUCGAAACUGGAACUUUGAGGCAAGAAGAAGAAAAUAAAAAGCUUUAGGACAGGGGUUUGGGCUGUAGUAUAAAGGGGUGUACAGGAUGCUCCCCCCCCCCAAAUGCAGCUGUGCUUCAUGGAUGU